AUGGUGUGCUACUAUGCGUAUCGGUGGGAAAGUGGUGGGCGCGAUUCCCAAGCCAUGGGCGUGGGAUCUCUGCUGGGUUGUUUUCACUUGAUCUGUAUGGGAAAACCCUCGGACGUGUUCGUGACGUUGAUGAGCGAUCUGGCAACGGGUUACUCAGCGGUAGGAAUCGCAAUAUACAGUACCAAGUACCACUAUACCCAGUUCCUGGCACCUCACUACUGUACAGGAACAGCAGUCCACGUCUACCUGGUCUGGAGCUAG